GAAGUAGUUUAACGUGAACCUGAACUGAAGAUGGCUUCUUGUUAUCAAAACGUCCUCGCUCAAUAGCUGUGUGUCCAUACUGCAUUGUGUGACUUUACAAGUGGUAAAGCACUAAGCAAGGCAAGACAACUAUGUCCACAGCCUCUAAAGUUGUCUUGGGACUAUCGGUGGUUCUGACCAUUAGUACCGUGGCUGGAGUGCACAUCAAACAGAAUUGGGACAGACAGCGACUGCACGAAGGAGUAUUGCGCGACUUGGAACGAGUGGAGCGGAAGCGGGAGAACCUGCGGUUGCUAGAGGAGCAGAUUCAGCUGACCCAAGAGCUGGAGACGGAGAGGCAGCGCAGAGAAGCCUCCGCCGCCUCCAGAGCGACCCAGAGCCCGUAAACUACACCAGCCCCGUUCCAGGUGGUGUGGGGGCGACCCCACUGUCAGAAGAACCUUGGACGGUUUCUCGGUAACCGUCACCCACAGUUACUGCUUGCCCUCCUCCGCCCUCCCCAAGGCCAUGGAGGUGGCGGGAGGAGGCAGCAGCAGCCAGCGGGGGGGUGACGGAGCAGCAGCAGGAGGAGGAGGAGGAGGUG